AUGUCGUCAGUUUCGUCCGCCGAGCCAACUGCCCAACAAAACUUUAAUCCUAGCUGGAUGCGUCCAAAUGCUGCUGCUAAUCGUGGUGGGCUCAUUUCUUCAGGAGGUCACCGUCUCUCUGGAAUUGGUGGCGGCGGUUUCGAUGACGGCGGCGAAGAUAUCUCCUCUUCCUCGGCAAUCGCUGCUACAGCCGCUGCGAUCCUCUCAUCUCCUGUGGUUUCGGAAUACUCGUACACGCGCGAACGUCUUCUUGAAUUGGCUCCAACUGGAUCGAUUAUGCCUGAAGCGUUGCGCGAUCAGCUCUUUUUCAACGAGAAGAACCUUCCGCUCGUCUCGAAUACGCCGCUGACAGACCUCGAACAGAAACUACAACACAACAUCAACUCCUCCAAGGCGAUGUCCUUAUUAUCUCACGCUGAUCGAGCUUCAAUUGCGGCUGGUGCCGCUUACGGGAGUGGUUACGGAGGGGGACUUUCAUCAUUACAAAACGGACAACCUGCAACUAACCGCUGGACUCCAAAAUCCUCAUGGAGCAAAUCUCCAUUGGAUCGUCCGGUGGCUGCAACUGCUCGUACUGGUGGUAGUGUUGGACGUGCAGCUGGAACUUUCUUUGCGGGUCGUGGUGCUGCUCGAAUUGGAAAUGAGAAUGGCUACGGUGGAUUAGCAAACGGUGGUUCUUCGCCUGUUUCGACGGAAGAUACUACCGGAGCUUAUCAACCAAAGUUUACCGCUCUUCGUCGUGGCGGAGGCGCUGUAAGCGUCGGUCGUGGUGGCAGUACGACUGGCGCAUCGUUCAAUACAAGGGCCGAUGCUCUUUAUAACCCAAAUGAUCCAACUGAUCGUCCAAAAGCUGUGAACGUGGCUGCAACUCGGAGUGAAAGUGAUGAUGAAGAGGAAGAAGGUUGGUCGAAAGUGGGCGCAACUCCGCGAACUUCAACAAAUACCGCUCCAUCUUCUUCUGAUCGCCAAGAACGUCCUGCGUGGGUUCGAUCCGAGUCGUGGAUUCAAAGAACCCAACAGCAGCAACAACAACAGCAGCAACAGUCUAGCCAACCAUCAUCUCAACCACCAAUUUCGAGCUGGAAUUCCGGUUCCGACUCUGCUGUCUGGAGAGACCGUAACCAAAUGGUGGCUUCUGUCAAGAAGACGUCGGCCGACGAUUCCUCUCCACCUCAGACUUCCCACCAGCAACAAUUAUCAUCUCAAAUGUCUGUCCCGUCAAGAGAAGAAAUGGAAAGUGCAGAGGUAUCCCAUCUUUCCAUGCCAACAUAUCAACCUAAUUCGUCAACAUGGUCGAAUAAUCCAAUGGGUGGAGGAAUGGGAGUGUUUUUCCAACCUCCCAUUGCAUCUGCUCCAGUUCCACUCUCGGUUCCGAAAGAAGAGCCAGUUGAAUUCUACUACAUGGAUCCAACUGACACUCGUCGGGGUCCAUUUCAUAAAGACCAGAUGACGAUGUGGUUCAAGGCCGGGUAUUUCACAGAUGAAUCGUUGCGGGUGCAGAGAGGAGAAAACGGAGAGUACAAAACAAUUGGAGAUCUCAAAAAGUUACACGGACUAGCUACGCCGUUUGACUACCCUGAAGAGAUUGAGAAACCUCGUGUUGUGGCACCUCCUCCGACAAGUGUAUCAAGCAUCCCUGCUUAUCCUUCUAACUCGAACCCAAUGUUCCCUGCCGCGCCAUAUAGUGGAAUGAAUAUGUGGCCAAAUCUCCAGCCGAAUGAUAUGAUGUCUAUGAUGCAGUCUACAUUCGAACAAACAAUUCUUGCGGAACGCCAAAGAUUAGCUGAAGAGCAUAAUCGUCGAAUGCAAGAAGAAGCAGAGAAAAUGGCCAAAUUCCAAGAAGCUAUGUAUCGGCAGCUCUCAAUUCAACAAGAGUUGUCUCAACAACAAAUCAGGGAGCAAGAGAUGGCAUUGCAACGUCACCGUGAUGAGUUGAUCAAGCAAGAAGAACAACUGAAAAGAGAAACACAGGCUCGACAGGAGAGUAUCGAGAAAACAGCUCGUGAACUAGCGAACCGUAUUGAAGAAGAACAGCGAAAGAAGAGGGAGGAAGAGGAACAACGAAGACUAUUAGAUGAGAAUCAGAGAAGAGAAGUUGAAGCGAAACUAGCUGCUGAGAGACGAAUUGCUGCGGAGGCUGCCGAAAAAGAACGUCGCCGUCAGGAAGCAUUGUACCAAGAAGCGGAGAAGAAGAGACUGGAGAUUGAGCAGCGCGAAAGAGCUGAAGAAUUGAUAAAACUAGCUGAGAAAGAAAGAAUCGCCAGAGAAGCUGCUGCUGUACGUGAACAGGCCGAGUUGGAAGCUGUAUGGACUUCGAAGAAGGUCCCCGUUGUGAGUACAACCUCUAGUCCGGUUGUUUCUGGAGUUCCGAAACAAGUUUCACCGAGUGGUAGUGAUGACUCCGAAGGAUGGACUUCCAUUGCGAAAGAAGUGAAGCAUACCAAACCUGCACCAUGGGCUGCCAAUACAGAAGUUCAGCAAAAGAGUGAGAAAACUCUGCUUGAGAUUCAACUGGAAGAGGAACGAAAAUUGAAAGCUGAAAAAGAAAAGAAUGCUAAGCUGAAGGCAAAGGAGCAGUCGGUCAUUGUCCCAUCAUCUACUGCUUCUACUGAAAAGAGCAGUAGUUUGUGGGGAGCUACAAAAACAUGGGCUGCUCCAGAAACCAACACUUCCUCCAAAAGCUUCGUUUCACCAUUUCUCGAUGGACCAUCACUUGAAGCCGCGAACAAAAUGGCGUUGCAGAAGAAAAAUUCCCAGUCGAAGAUAGUUGUCUCGAAACCAGCUUCCCCUGCUGCAACGAAGUCCAAAGCUGCCCCAGUCGCUGCUCCGCCACAGUCAACUCAAAAAGUAAAGAAAAGCAAGGAGCAAUUAGCUGCUGAUGAAUUGCAACAGUGGUUCGUCAAGCGAUUCCAGCAACACUCUGUCGAUAUCGAUGCGUUGACUCUCUUCGAAUGCAUAUUGCCUUUGGAGAACCCCAACGAGGUUGAAGAUAUCGUUAUGUCGUAUUUGGACGAAUCAAAGACUGUCAAGGAGUUCGUUCGCGAGUUCAUCAAGCGACGCAUCGCAAUGCGUGCUGCUGGUGGAGCACGUCCAGACGCUGAUGACUUGACCUCGGCGCGUACUGCCGCUGCUGCACCAUCGGACUCGAACUCCGGAUCCAACUCGACUUCUGGAAACGGACAGGGAAAGAAAAAGAAGAAGACGCAGAAACAAGUGCUUGAUGGAAACAUUCUUGGAUUCCGUGGUGCUGCUGCUUCGGACCGUCUCAACAAAGGAGAAAUCGACGCUAUUCCAACUGCUCCGGUCAACCCAUCUCGUCGUUAG